CAGGCAAGCAGCCAAUGUCGGACACAGAAACCACGCCCUUGAUCUUGCCUACCAAGGCGUCCAGCCACCUUCCUCCGUUGGGCGUUCGAGUCGCUCAGGUCGCAUGCUCCAUGUUGUGGUGCUUGUUUGCGGCAGGCCCGGUGUUUGGGUUUGCUGCACUCAAACCCGUUCUGAUCGCACAAGGGGUGUAUAAGGAGGUGUGUGACAUCAAAGUUCCCCCUUCCACAGACUUCUCCAUUCUCGAUGCUGCGUGUGUCGACCAGGACUUGAAGUUGAACCUGAUGUUCACCUUGUCGGCCGUGGUCACUAACGCUACUGCGUUGUUAGUCGGCUCGAUCCUAGACAAUUACGGUCCCCGGAUCACAGGUAUUUUGGGCUCGUUCUUUCUUGCCCUUGCCUCGGUGCUGUUGGCAUACGGUAAAAGCAUUGUCUGGUUCGACGCUUAUUUGGUCGGGUACGUCACCUUGGCGUUCAGCGGUCCCUUCGUCUUCAUCAGCUGUUUCCAAUUAGCCAACUCUUUCCCCGGCAGAUCUGGAUUAAUUUUGGCUUUGCUUACUGGUUGCUUUGAUAGCUCCUCGGCUUUGUUCCUCUUCUACAGAAUUGCAUUCCAGAACAACAUUGUCGAGAACCUAACAUUGAAAAAAUUCUUUUCUUUCUACUUGAUCGUGCCCAUCUUCAUUUUCCUGUGCCAGGUCUUCAUCAUGCCCCAUGAGUCGUACAAAACUAUUGAGGACAUUGCAAAGAUUAGUGAGACCGGUCUUGAUGAGAGAGGACUCCCUAUUGAUCCAGAAGACCCCCGCUACCUCUCAGGAGAAGUUGCAUCUCUGGAGCAAAGCAGGUCUCGUCGUGGUUCCAUGAAGUCCACCAAGUCGGUGUUUGAGGAAAUUGCAGAUCACAACUUGAAAGAGAAAUCAGGAGGUGUUUUUGGUGUACUUCACUCGAAGACCAUCAAGGAACAGUUCAAGUCCCCAUGGUGGUUCAUUAUGUGUUUAUUCACUACCAUCCAAAUGAUCAGAAUAAACUUCUUUGUUGCAACUAUAUCCUCACAGAUGGAAUACUACUUUGACGCCAAGACUGCCGUCACAAUAAACAAGUUUUUCGACAUUGCCUUGCCACUGGGAGGGAUCGUCGCUAUCCCAUUUAUUGGUUUGAUUUUGGACAAUCUACACACCUUGGUUGUCCUCACCAUCUUACUUGGGGUUUCAACAGCCAUCGGUGUUUUUGGAAUGUUGUCCAUCAAAUAUUUACAAUAUCUUGGUAUCUUAUUGCUCGUCGUCUACAGACCAUUCUAUUACACCGCGGUGUCAGACUACUGUGUCAAGGUUUUUGGUUACUCCACAUUUGGUACUGUCUAUGGCGCCAUCAUCUUUUUCAGUGGUAUGAUGAACUUGCUCCAAACCGUUUUGGACAAUGCGACACAUUUUACGUUUCACAACAACCCCACUCCUGUUAACUCCAUACUUGUAACACUAACAGUGUUCUUCGGUUUGAGCAUGCUUUUUUUUAUCAAAAGCCAGGAGAAAAAUGUCAUUCGUCAAAACGUCAUUGAUGAAGCCCUUAGUGGUGAAACAGAUGAUGACGGAGCUGUCAACAGUAACUCCUUUUCUGCACUUCCGAGUUAAUACUUUGUCUAAUUCUACUUCUAGCACACUUGUAAUAAACGUUAUCUGGUAAACACAGACCGGU